GAACGACAACGUCACGCUAUGUGGCUCGGGAUUCAGUUCCAUGGAACAUCACCUAGUCCGUCCACUGAGUCGACACGAGGAUGCGGGGACUAGCCGCACGCAAGCUUACAUUACUUGAGGAGGCUCGUUCCCUGACACCAAACAUGCCUUACUAUCGACUCCCUGUCUCUUCAUAGGCCACCUCGCAUCUUUACGAGAUAGGUGAGAAACGCGUCUCUCAGGGCGCAUCUCCACCUCCAUCACACAACAACCACACAGCCCUAACAUCUCGCCUGCUUGCUUGCUUGUUCUUGUGGUGCGCAAAUGGCUCGACUCGGGGUAGCAAAGGUUAAGACGGGCUGUGUAACCUGCAAAAUCCGAAGAGUCAAGUGUGAUGAAGCACGCCCGGCAUGCAACAGGUGCGUCAGCACGGGCCGGAGAUGCGAUGGCUACGUGACACCGCCAACGGGGACAUAUUCCUGGGCUCAGCUGCUCCGCAUCCACCCGCCUCCGACCCAGGCCGCGUCGGACGCAGAACUCCGGGCCUUGAGUUUCUUCCGCAAAGUUGUCGCCCCCGUCUUGUCCGGGCCCUUGGAUAGUUACUUCUGGACCCAUCUUGUCUCUCAGGUCUCUCACCAGGAGCUUGCUGCGAAACAUGCCGCAUUGGCCAUCAGUUCGCUGUACGAGAAGUUCAAGGAGGAUCCCCUAGACCGGCAUUCGGAGAAGAAUUCCUUUGCGGUUGCGCAUUACAAUGAGGCGAUCAAACACCUCCGAACAACAAACAACCAGGAGACGGUCCUGUUUGUGUGCAUCCUCUUCGUAUGUAUCGAUAUGCUCCGCGGCGAGUGCAAGGGUGCCAUCGACCAUUGCAGGCAUGGCAUCAAUAUCCUCAAUGGUUCCAGGUCUACGUCGCGAUUCGUUCGAGAGCACCUGACACCGGCUUUCUGUCGCCUUGGAGUGUUCCCUUUCUUCUUCGGUGCCCGACCGGAAACAUUCCCGGCCAUACCAGACUCGUAUCCAGUUCCAGUACCCCCGUUCUACAACUUAAAGCAGGUUCAAGCAGCGCUGGACCCGUUACUCGUCCGCGCGAUUCGCUUCGUACGGGCCGCUGACGAAUAUCGCCUCGGUGAUGAGACGCAUCCCAAGCCGGAUAUGGCAGCAAUGCAGGAGAGAGAUGAGAUGGACGAGUUGCUAGAUGACUGGGCUGCGGCAUUUCAAGCGUACAUGGUGCAAAAGUCCCCGAAUAAUUGCCAGCGCGCUGCCAUGCGAGAAGAGCUCGUCGAACGCCUCCUAGAGAUGAAGUGGCACGUAGGCAAGAUUUGGCUGAGCACGUGUUUCUCUCGCGGCGAAUUGGUAUACGAUUUACAUCUGGACAAGUUCCAACGGAUCAUCGAGCUCGGCCGUGAAGUCGAAGCCAUCUUCCGAGAGAUGUGGCAGAGGAUCGGACGGGCCAAGUUCACCUUUGAGAUGGGUUUCAGCCCACUGCUAGGAUUUGUCUUUAUCAAGUGCCGGUCCUUGUCACUGCGAAUUGCAGCACUAGGUCUCAUGAAGACGAUUGCGCACGAGAGGGAGAACCUCUGGGACUUCAACACCGUUCUGGCGUUCGGACGCAAGAUUGUCGAGUUUGAGCACGAGCUGGAUCUCGGACACGAUGAGGAUAUUGCCAACGUUAUAGACGACGGGACACUACCACCGGAAGGACGGCGAAUUAAAGAUUCGGCUAUGCAGGACGAGGUGCGCUUCGUUCACGAGAAGAAUGGGGGUAUCGCCAUGUGGAAGAAGGUCGGUCUCUUGAUGAGGGAGCACGGAGGGCCUAUCACUGUCCAGGAGGAGUGGUUUCGAGUACAAUUGAAGCGCAAGCCAUGAUUAUCUAGCUGCUAUUUUUCGCCCAGGGCCUGCUUCCCUCCGCGCGUCUCUCUCUCUAUGACGCUAAACCUCUCGAAGGAAGGCUACGCCUCACACGCGGCCAGGUCUCAAGCUACCGUGCUGACAUUGCAGGGGUUCACACUCUACAUUGCUAUCAUCGACAAGCUGCGCCCUUGAGAGU